CUGCUUUCCAGAGUGAAUAUGGUGACUUAUAAAGUGACUGUAUCCACUGGUAAUCUAGCUGGUGCCACCACUGUAAACAAUGUCUUCAUUAAGCUGGUGGGCACAGAAGGGGAGAGCGACCGCAAGUGGCUCAUGGGCUUAAAAGGAGCUUCAUCCUUCAUGAGAGGAGUAGUCUCUAGUUUUAGCGUGUCCUGCCCUGUCUCCAUUGGAAAGCUGAUUCUAAUAGAGCUAGACAAAAAACAGCUCCCACUGUUCCCGGAAGACUCUUGGUUUCCUGCCAAGGUGGAAGUGAAAUCCCCUGAGGGAGACACCUACAACUUUCCCAUAUACCGCUGGAUCACUGACAGUGAGGUGCACCGCUUCAGAGAGGGAACAGCUCUGAGAGUCUUCGAAGACAGCCAUCAUCUUGGCAGGUACAGCAGGCAGCAGGAACUGACUCAACGUGAGAAAGACUAUCGCUGGGAUAAGUAUGAAGAGGGAAUACCCCACUGCAUGAAGGCAGACAACGCUCAAUCUUUGCCUUGUGGUCGCUUCUCCUUCACCAAGACCACAGAGUUCUUCUUCACUGCAUCAACUGGGCUGACUGAGCUGCAACUUAAAGGACUAUCUAGUUGCAAGAAGAAGUGGACUAAUAUUGACGCUAUCAAUCGGGUUUUCUUCAAACGGACUGAUAUAUCAGAUUAUGUCCAGAAACAUUGGAAGGAGGAUGCCUUUUUCGGCUACCAGUAUCUAAAUGGUGUCAACCCCAUGUUGAUCCGACGUUGUUCAACCCUGCCUGGUAACUUUCCUGUCACUGAUGACAUGGUCUUCCUCCGUGGUAAAUGUAGCUUGGCAGAUGAAAAUGAAGGUGACUGUUUUGACAAUGGCAACAUAUUCUUGUGUGACUACAAGCAGUUGGAUGGACUGAAAACAAACACCAUCAAUGGGAAGAAGCAGUACUUGAUGGCUCCACUUGUCCUUCUCCACAAAACAUCCGAUGAUAAACUGAUGCCAAUUGCUAUUCAGCUGAAACAGACUCCAGCAGAUGAUAACCCUAUCUUCUUUCCUACUGAUUCUGAGUAUGACUGGUUGAUGGCCAAGAUAUUUGUGAGAAGUGCAGAUUUCCAAGAGCAUCAACUCAAUGUUCAUCUGCUGCGCACUCAUCUGCUGGCUGAAGUGUUUGCAGUUUCACUGCUGCGCAACGUUCCCAUGGUGCAUCCACUGUACAAGCUCCUGGUGCCUCACACUCGCUACACUCUGCAGAUCAACUUUUUAGCUCGAAUUGCUCUAAUAUCCAAGACUGGGGUUUUCACACAGUUUGCAGCCUCUGGUGGAGAGGGUAUGAAGACACUCCUAAAGAGAUCACUGUCCUCAAUGACCUACAGCUCCCUCUGCAUACCUGACGACAUUGCGGAGCGUGGACUGAAGGAUGUGCCAAACUUCCACUACAGGGAUGAUGGACUCAAACUUUGGGAUAUCAUCCAUAGGUUUGUGCAGGGAGUGCUCAGCUUCUACUACAAGAAUGACGCUGAGGUCCAGCAAGAUUCUGAACUGCAGCAGUGGAUUUCAGACAUUUUUGAGCAUGGAUUUCUCACCCAAGCAUGCACAGGAAUUCCACAGAGCUUCACCACUGUGGCUGAAAUGGUCAAGUUUGUCACCAUGGUGAUCUUCACUUGCUCGGGAAAGCACUCAGCUGUGAACACUGGACAGUAUGACUAUGGUGGCUGGAUGCCCAACACUCCCAUCUCCCUGCAACUUCCUCCACCAACCACAAAGGGGACAACAAGUGAGGCCACAAUGCUCCAGACAUUCCCUGAUGUCAACAUAACAGUAAAGGGCAUGUCCACCCUGUGGCUACUUAGCAAGCAGUCCUCUGAUUUCGUGCCUCUUGGCCAGUACCCAGAGGACCAUUUCAGUGAGGAGAUUCCUUGCAAGCGGAUAAAGGAUUUUCAAGGAGAUCUUGAAGUGUUAAGUGCAAUCAUCAAAGCCAGAAACAACAGUCUGGACAUUCCAUACACAUACAUGGAUCCAAAGAUGCUGGAAAACAGCGUGGCCAUUUGAACAUUAGAAGCUGUGAGCUCCUCAGCUGUCGGCCAAAUUCAGCUUCAUACUAAAAACAC